GUGCGGGUGUCUUUUCCACGCGGUAUGUGUUCGAUUGAGCGCCUCGUAUCUUGUUUGAAAAAUCAUUGGAGUGGAAAAUGAGAAGACGCAAUAAUGUCUGUGAACAACUUGUACAUCUCUGYAAACACUUUGCUUGUCGCUCACUAUUUCUUUUUGCUUUUCCCUCUCCCUCAUAUCAUGUUUACGUUGCUGACCAUUUCUCUCUUGCUCAUAAUGGUGUCUCUUCUUGUGUCGACGCAGAGGUGUUUGCAAGUCAGUAAAAAUCGUCCCCUGACGAACUGUCCUUCGUGCCAUACCGCUUUAAGCUCAAUAUACCUGCUGCCGAUGGACUUCAGUGAGAUCGACCAGGCAAGAGUUGCUGCUGCGAGCAUGGCUCCUAGUUCGAAAAGGGGRAAGAAACGAAAAAAUGCGACCAUUGCCAGACUGAAUCCAUCCAACUCUCUUGGAAGCAACGGRACAGACGAUCAGUCUGGCGAUGGAUCCGAUCUGCGUACUGGACGAUGGACGGCAGAAGAAACUGAGUACUGCGACAAACUGAUUACAGCCUACGAAAAAGGCGAGUUGCCUAUUUCCGAAGGCGUAAAACUCAACGACUUCUUGUCCACCAUGCUCAAGUCGAAACAAUCACGACUGACGAAGAAGAUGAAAAAUGCAAAACUGAGCGCCAAAACCUACAAACCUAAUGCUGGAUUUGUUGUGGAUGACGAAGAUGCGAAAAGCUUUUCCCAGUUAGAAGUGGCAUUUUAUGAGUCAAUACAGUGUGACAUGGAAMGGGCAGAAAUACGAUUUCAUAUGCAGAAGGAAUGGAGAGAGUUCUUUAGUACGUACUGCGUUUCCAUGGGACAGAAACUUGAGGCAGACGCAUGGUUGUCAAGUGCUGAGGAACUAGAUCGGAGAGCCUCGCAAGCGAAGGACGCGGCACGAAUGGCACGACGGAAGGUUAUGAUGGGAUAUGCUUUGACGAAAGAUGCGAUGAAUCCAGAACGAGGCGUUUUCAUCGAAAAAUCUUUGAUGUCGGAUGGGCAUAGAAGUGACGAAGUCAUGUCUUCGGGGCACUCGGCAAUGAACACUAUUACUACCAUGGCUAACCAGUCAUCCUUAUUGUCGUCUCAAAAAAAUAAGCAGCAAGCAAACAGAGCACGAUCGAUAAAGGACUUUUCGUCACCCUUUGUGGGACGAGUCAUCCAAUACAUAGAAAGGCAUCAGCUCCCUUUUGAACAUGUUGAUGCGUGGGUACCAUCGUUUGUUUCACAAGACAACGAGCCAAACUUGAUGGGUACCGAUGACAAAAGCGGAGCAGAGCAGAAGUGCCGCCUAUGUUUUGCUGGGUAUGCUAGUACCGAUACAGAAAUACCAUCGGGAGGUGGGCGUGCCAUUCCCUUGUGUACUAACAUAAAGUUCGACCUUUACUCAUUUGGAGAAUAUAGCUCCAAGUUCUCCUUCGAUGUCGGCUGCGGUCUUCCUGGUCGGGUUUAUAGCUCGGGAAUAUGUUCGUGGGAACAAGGAGUGGAAAAUGCACCCAGCCACCAAUUCGAGAGGUGUGGUGGAGCAGCCCAAUGGGGUGUGAAGACUGUGCUGGGCGUGCCUAUCCCGAGUCCGAACGUGGGACGGAUCGUAAUGCUGCUGUAUUCACGGAGCGACAGGACGCGUGACCCAGAAAUGGUACGACGUGUAACUGAUGAGCUGACGAAGGUAAGAUUUUUGUUCUUUAUUCCCGUCCCCAACUCCUUCAAGAGAAAAGAAAUCCGUGAGAGGGCUACCAAUUUUUUCCAAAAGGUUUUUAACAAAUGUACUAAUCACCAUUUUAUUUCUUUGCAGCUCAUGCCGACACCUAAAUGGAAACUUGUCGUCGAUGUUGGGUCCGCUCCUCCGAAACCGGACGGUAAAACGAAUGACAAGAGGAUACCAGAUAUGUUGAAGCUGUUGGCAGAAAACAUUCCAACACAUCGUCACUCUCCGUUUUCCCCGUAUCUUCCAGGAUUUACAGCG